AAACACACAGCGAUAUGUCAAAUAUGAAAGCCGCUUGACAUUUACACUAAAUGUUUGUCUUUGGUGUUCUAUGUGUACACUACAUUCAGUUUCACUGGGUAUCAAUCAGAAUCGUCUUUAAAGUAAAGCAACGACAUAAAGAAAGGAAAAAAUAUUCAACAAUAUUUUUGUUUUUGGUGAUCUCGUUCCGUUCCGGUGUAUCAAACACAUUUCGCGUGUGUGUUGUGACUGAAUGAAGUGUUGACGAAUUGUUGGUUUGCCGCAAACUUUUCGUGAAAAGUGGAUAUGUCAAUUGUUUCAUGCAUAUUUCAAAGUCAUAAUUAAAUACACAUUCAUGAUGGAAAUGCUAUAUGCCGUUCACAAGAAACCCGGCAGUUUGAAUAAUCAAUUAAUACUUGACUCAUAUCUGAACAACAAUCGAAAGCCGACAUUAUGCACUGUAUCCACGCGAAAUGUAAUCGCCUACACAACCGAUUCUGAUAUUAACGAACCCGACGGUAAUCACCUGAGUGGAUUCUACGUUUACUUGGCCGAUUUGAAUACACCAUGGCUAUCUUACAAAGUGACGACAAACAAAUUUCCGAUAUCGAUUUUGAUUUGGGAUAUUCUGGGAAAAUAUCUGUUAGUUGGCGACAUAUCUGGGAACAUUCAGAUAUUCGUUCAAAAAGAUAAUCUGCUGUCGGAGUGGAUCCAGUACUAUCAUGUUCGUUUACCGGGUGAACACAUUAUCAAAGCUGCAUUCUUCCAUAAUGGCCGGAAACUGGUGCUUCAACCCGAUAAAAAGGACAUUACCAACUAUAUGGAAAAGUUUCAACGUGCCAAAUUUUUGCCCAGCUGCCGUGGAUUUGGUGGCGUUGCAGCUGAUGGUGUUUUAGUUGUGACCGCAACGGGUUUGUUGGGAGCUGUUUUGAUACCACCCGAUUUACCAAAUCUAAAUAAACUAGCCAAUAGCCUUAGCCCACCAACUCUACCUCAAGUCCUGACACCGGUCACCCAGAGUCUGGGUCGAACCAGAAGUUUCAUCACCAUCGCCGAUAUUUGUUAUUCAAAAACUGGCCAUUUCAUGAUAGCCGUUGCGAAUGGAACAACCGAAAACGCGGCAUCCACCAUGGUCCACUGUUAUCGGGUGUCAGUAAAAAAACAAAUGGAUAAUUUGACGCUGACAAGUCAAAGUUUACCCAGCUUUUUCCUCACGGGCGGCGCAGCUAGAGAUAUUCCAGACAUUUCGGUGACCCAUUUAAGAUGGAUAUACAGUGAGGAUUCUGAUUCGUUGUUGGUGGGAACAAAAACACCAACCGGCUGUUUCAUCGAAUUAUGGGGGCUGAUGGAAAAAGCAACACCCAUCCAUUCGAAUUUCGUUAAACAUUUAUUCCAGCAACCAAACAAAACCGAAGUUUUCAAAACAUUUGUUUGGACUCAUCAAGUAAACUAUCGUUACGCUAGCCGCAUUAUUGAUAUUUGCGCAUCAAAGUUCCAGUACGGAUCAUCAUCGUAUAUAUUUGUGUCAAUGGCGGAUAAUACGAUUCAUUGCUUGCACAGAGACACAUUGAAACGGUUAACGAAUGCAUCGCUCACAUGCGUGUGGCGGAACGAAAACGACCACGUAUCAAAGCAAACGAAAAUAGACAGUACAAUUGUUGCACACGAUAUCACCUGGAUGGGACAUUUGUUGCUGGCCGUCGAUGCUGAAGGUCAAUUGUAUGCUUAUCGUGUUUCAUACCCACACCAAGAACAAGCCGGCGGUCAAUUAUCCAUAAAUUAUGCGGUUUCAUUGUUGGAAUAUUGUUUGGUUGGCGGUUUCGAUGCGCUCGAUGUAUUUCUCAUACUUAAAGUACAGCAACUCGAUAAUAUUAUUGAUCGUUUGACGGAAAAUUUUACGCGUCAACCGGCAUUCGUGCAACAGUACUUUUAUGUGAAUUUCUUUGCAAUGAAAAUGAAUUUGUAUCGUUUGUCGGUGCCGGGGCUACCGAAAGCACAUGAUUUGACCUGCUUUUUAAUGCUACACUCCAUUUUAAUCGGUUUCAAGAGUUUGCUACGACCGUCGGUGUUGUCGAGCCACGACAAAGGGCCGGCCGAGAAUUUAGCAAUGGUACUCUCAGAAUCCGUUCCGGCUGAUAUUGAUCGGCUGCUGUUGGGUCUAGAGGUCAAAGAAUUCUCGGUAGAGGCAUCAACACUCCAAAGUUUACAACAGCUCAUUCAAUGGGUAGCUGAUUUAGCGUUAAAUAUUCUAGCAAAACUGCCAGAUAGCCGCGGAAUGAGUGGAAUGAAUCGCAGCACUGGUUAUGACAUUAGCAAAGAUAUCGUGGCAUUGAACAGUAUUCGAGAGUUAUUGGUUGUGAUGCGCAUGUGGGGACUAGUUCGAUCACAAUGCUUGCCGGUAUUUUCACGUUCCGCGGAAAAUAUGGAUGUUUUGGCCACUUUGUACAAAUUAUUAACACGUUUAACUUUGAAUCCCAACGAACCGGAUGAAUUGCUGCUCGACGAAUGCUGCUUAUUGCCGAGUCAAGUGUUGAUUCCACAACUUCAGCUCAUCUCACCUCAGUACUGUAUAGCGUCUCCAAUCAUGUUUUACCUGACGAAUAAUAAUCUUCCUCUACGUUUUGAAUACAAUACGGAACCACAAUGUUUGAAAUUGAACAACGAAUGUGCUCCCAUCGAAGGAAGCAUGUCUGAGAACAUUGUUGACUCGAUUCGCCAUAUUCAACUAGGUAAAAAACCGGGCGCCGUUCGACGAUGCACACGAUGCGGUGCAUACAGUAGUUUAAAUAGUGUGGCCAGGACUCCUGCAAUGCGGUCAUGGGAGCUACGUUGGUCCAGUGGCUGCCGAUGUGGCGGAUUCUGGCGUCUGUAUGUUAGUUAAGCCAAUGUUUCACUUUAAGAAAUUAUACAUAGUUUAAUCAUGUUGAGUCUAUCAUUCUUUUGACGAAAAAUUUAUUUUAUUUUGGUAAAUAAAAAAAUCACGAAUUCAUCGA